AUGUUAGACGAGCUGGCAAUCGAUUAUUCCGAGUACUUAAAAGUCGACAAUGAAAAUGAGGUUGGCGCUCUAAAAGAUGUACUUGAAGAUAUGCUCACCAGAUUGGAAGAGUUUCAGACAUUUAUGGAAAUGGUUCAAGCAUUACGAAUGGAAAGUACUGUGAUGCAUUAUGAUUCGAUAAAAGGAAUGAAGUCUAAGGUUACUGAACUCACAGACACUGUAAAUAAAUUAGAAAAGCUGGUUAAUAAAGUUGGUGAAGAUGUAGAAUUAGUUGACCAACAACUAACCGAAGCUGAGGCGUGUAUGCCUGUUAAUAAGGACGGUCCAUUAAAUACAAUUCUCAAACCUUUUUUUAAAAAACAAGAAGACCAUUCUUCUAGACAGUUACCUGCCUAUGAACCACCAGUAAUUUUCAAGUCUGAUGAUUACUUUCUUGCAACAGAAGCAGAAGAUGCGCUUAAAAUAAUUGAAAAUGAUACAACUGCCAACAAUUAA